AUAAGGGGUAUUUCCAUGGGUUUGCCUUGGUAUCGUGUUCAUACCGUCGUAUUGAAUGAUCCUGGUCGGUUUAUUUCUGUCCAUAUCAUGCAUACAGCUCUGGUUGCUGGUUGGGCUGGUUCGAUGGCUCUAUAUGAAUUAGCAGUUUUUGAUCCCUCUGACCCCAUUCUUGAUCCAAUGUGGAGACAGGGUAUGUUCGUUAUACCUUUCGUGACCCGUUUAGGAAUAACCAAUUCAUGGGGCGGUUGGAGUAUUACAGGGGGGACUAUAACGGAUCCCGGCAUUUGGAGUUACGAAGGUGUGGCUGGCGCGCAUAUUGUGUUUUCUGGCUUGUGCUUUUUGGCAGCUAUUUGGCAUUGGGUGUAUUGGGAUCUAGAAAUAUUUUGUGAUGAACGUACAGGAAAACCUUCUUUGGAUUUGCCUAAGAUUUUUGGAAUUCAUUUAUUUCUUUCGGGGGUGGCUUGUUUUGGUUUUGGUGCAUUUCAUGUAACAGGCUUGUACGGUCCCGGAAUCUGGGUGUCCGACCCUUAUGGACUAACUGGAAAAGUACAACCUGUAAGUCCAGCAUGGGGUGUGGAAGGUUUUGACCCUUUUGUUCCAGGAGGAAUAGCUUCUCAUCAUAUUGCUGCAGGGACAUUAGGCAUAUUAGCCGGUCUAUUCCAUCUUAGUGUCCGGCCGCCUCAACGUCUAUACAAAGGGUUACGUAUGGGCAAUAUUGAAACCGUUCUUUCUAGUAGUAUUGCUGCGGUCUUUUUUGCAGCUUUUGUUGUUGCUAGAACUAUGUGGUACGGUUCAGCAACUACUCCAAUAGAAUUAUUCGGACCCACCCGUUAUCAAUGGGAUCAAGGAUACUUUCAGCAAGAAAUAUACCGACGGGUAAGUGCUGGACUAGCCGAAAAUCAAAGUUUAUCAGAAGCUUGGUCGAAAAUUCCUGAGAAAUUAGCUUUUUAUGAUUACAUUGGGAAUAAUCCGGCGAAAGGAGGAUUUUUUAGAGCGGGCUCAAUGGAUAACGGCGAUGGAAUAGCUGUUGGAUGGUUAGGACACCCUGUUUUUAGAGAUAAAGAAGGACGUGAACUUUUUGUACGCCGUAUGCCUACUUUUUUUGAAACCUUUCCGGUCGUUUUGAUCGACGGGGACGGAAUUGUUCGAGCUGAUGUUCCUUUUAGAAGAGCGGAAUCUAAGUAUAGCGUUGAACAAGUAGGUGUAACUGUUGAGUUUUAUGGUGGCGAACUCAACGGAGUCAGUUAUAGUGAUCCUGCUACUGUGAAAAAAUAUGCUAGACGUGCUCAAUUAGGUGAAAUUUUCGAAUUAGACCGUGCUACUUUGAAAUCAGAUGGUGUUUUUCGUAGUAGUCCGAGGGGUUGGUUUACCUUUGGACGUGCUUCCUUUGCCCUACUAUUCUUCUUCGGACACAUCUGGCAUGGGUCGCAAACUUUGUUCCGAGAUGUUUUUGCCGGUAUUGACCCCGAUUUGGAUGUUCAAGUAGAAUUUGGCGCAUUCCAAAAAAUUGGAGAUCCAACUACAAGAAGACAAGGAGUUUAAUACAACAUUGCUUUGUUAUUUUUUGUGAUUUGGCAUAGGAUACUGGAGCAAUCUUAAUUUGAAUUACCGCCCCUUUUUUACUCUUUCCCUUUUAUCAUUAUCGGGAAAAUAAUUUCAAGUAAACAAGUAUGGAAGCUAUAAUUGUAAACCACAAUCAAAUAUAUGGAAGCAUUGGUUUAUACAUUUCUAUUAGUCUCUACUCUAGGGAUAAUUUUUUUCGCUAUCUUUUUUCGGGAACCGCCUAAAGUUCCAACUAAAAAGUAAAAAGUUGAAAUAAUUUUUCAUUAUCUUAAUUGAAGUAAUGAGCCUUCCUAUAAUAGGAAGGCUCAUUACUUCAACUAAUCUCCGUGUUCCUCGAAGGGAUCUCUUAGUUGUUGAGAGGGUUGCCCAAAAGCGGUAUAUAAAGCAUACCCAGUAAAACUUACAAGUAAACCAGAUAUAAAGAUGGCGACUAGAGU